AUGAACACCACACGCCUGAAUCGUCUGCUGUACAGAAUCGGAGGGUUCGGCGCCUGGCAACGGAUUCAGUUCCUCAUCCUUACGCCGUCGCUUCUGUUCGUCUGUUGGUCAGCCCUGUUGUGCGUAUUCCUGUUCGAGGAAGGCGGUGGUACGGUGCCGAACGACCCCGAUGGCAAUUCGACCGAGCCGUACACAAACCACAGCGCUGAGCCCUGGUUACUGUCCAACGACAGCACCAUCUCUUGGUACGAAACCGACCAGCGAUUGGCGAGCAUCGAACCACAAGACGGCUGUUCAACGCACUUCAUCCAAUCGAUGCACACCGAGUACGGUCAUCACAACCGCAGCGUGGUGUGUGCCAGGGCGUGGCUGAGAUCGGCGUUCAAUGGCUUCUUCGCCCUGGGCAGCGGCAUGGGCAUCGUCCUGUUCUAUUUGUUGAGCAAGAGGUUCGGCAGGAAGCCGGUGGUCGUGGUGUGCACCAUUCUGUACAUCAUCUGCGGCAUCAUAUCGCCGUUCCUGCAGCUGCACGUGCUGCUGAUGAUUUUCCGCUUUUUCACCGGCUUAUUCGCCAGUGGCAUUAAAACCGCAGCCCUGCUGAUCUCGCUGGAAAUCAUCAGCUCAGUGUACCACUGGCAGGUGAUCCUGCUGUGGGCCUUCGCACACGGAGUAGGCUACAUCCUCGUCACGGCGAUAUGGGCGCUUUUUUCUCACUGGCAGGCCUCCUUGCUGGUCAGCUACCUGCUUUGCAUCGCCCUGCUGCUGUACGUCAGUCAACUAUAUCUACCUCAGGCCAGCGUUCAUCACGUCUAUCGUGGCGAAUCUGGAGUGCUCAUUCCACCGACAUUCCAUAUCUUGGCGGGUUGA